ACCCCGAGGGGGUCCAUACGUCACUGCGCCGCGCCGGGCACUAUUUUUCAUACAGUUACCCGCCUCCCGGAAGGAAAUCCGUGAUCAUGGCGACCGCGGCGGAGCAGUGGGUACUGGUGGAGAUGGUACAGGCGCUUUACGAGGCUCCUGCUUACCAUCUUAUUUUAGAAGGAAUUCUAAUACUGUGGAUAAUCAGACUUCUUUUCUCUAAAACAUACAAAUUACAAGAACGAUCUGAUCUCACAAUCAAGGAAAAGGAGGAAUUGAUUGAAGAGUGGCAGCCAGAACCUCUGGUUCCUCCUAUCUCCAAAGAUCAUCCUGCUUUCAACUACAACAUCGUUUCAGGCCCUCCAAGCCACAAGAUUGUGGUGAAUGGGAAAGAAUGUAUAAACUUCGCUUCCUUUAAUUUCCUUGGAUUGCUGGAUAGCCCUCGGGUUAAGGCAGCAGCUUUAGCAUCUCUAAAGAAGUAUGGCGUGGGGACCUGUGGACCUAGAGGCUUUUAUGGCACAUUUGAUGUUCAUUUGGAUUUGGAAGAGCACCUAGCAAAAUUUAUGAAAACUGAAGAAGCCAUUAUAUACUCAUAUGGCUUUUCUACCAUAGCCAGUGCAAUUCCUGCUUACUCUAAAAGAGGGGACAUCAUAUUUGUAGAUAGAGCAGCCUGCUUUGCUAUUCAGAAAGGAUUACAGGCUUCACGUAGUGACAUUAAGUUAUUUAAUCAUAAUGAUGUGGCUGACCUGGAGCGACUGCUAAAAGAACAAGAGGUUGAAGAUCAAAAGAAUCCUCGCAAGGCUCGUGUGACUCGUCGGUUCAUCGUAGUAGAAGGAUUGUAUAUGAAUACCGGAAGUAUUUGUCCUCUUCCGGAGUUGGUUAAGUUGAAAUACAAGUACAAAGCAAGAAUCUUUCUGGAGGAAAGCCUUUCAUUUGGAGUUCUUGGGGAGCAUGGCCGAGGAGUCACUGAGCACUAUGGAAUCAGUAUUGAUGACAUUGACCUUAUCAGUGCCAGCAUGGAGAACUCACUGGCUUCCAUUGGCGGUUUCUGCUGCGGCAGGUCUUUCGUAAUCGACCACCAGCGACUCUCUGGCCAGGGUUACUGCUUUUCAGCUUCUUUGCCUCCUCUGUUAGCUGCUGCUGCCAUUGAGGCCCUCAACAUCAUGGAAGAGAAUCCAGAUAUUUUUGCAGUAUUGAAGAAAAAGUGUGAACAGAUUCAUAAAGCUUUACAAGGCAUUUCUGGGUUGAAAGUGGUGGGGGAGUGCUUUUCUCCAGCGUUUCACCUACAACUGAAAGACAGUACUGGGUCUCGAGAGGCAGAUGUGAAACUACUUCAGGAAAUCAUAAAUCAGUGCAUGAACAAAAGUAUUGCAUUAACUCAGGCGCGCUACUUGGAGAAAGAAGAGAAAUUCCUUCCUCCUCCCAGCAUCAGAGUUGUGGUCACAGUGGAACAGACAAAGGAAGAGCUGGAGAGAGCUGCAUCCACCAUCAAGGAAGUAGCACAGGCUGUCCUGCUGUAGGCUGAACCCAGCACCCAGCGGACCCUGCCAUGAACACGCAGACGGGACUCCUUGGAGAUACGUCAGGAGAACUCAGUGACGUCGGGUGGGAUUUUUACCAAGCGAUGUGGAAAUAGGCCAAAUGUGUGACUGAGAAAAGGAUAGAUGUUUAUUAUUUUUAGAAGGAAAUACAUCUAGAAGCCCAGGAACUAAUUUUUCUACAAGGAAGACUAAUGAUAACACUUAACUUAGUAUUUAAUUUGUUCUAUUUAGUACUGUUUAAAUGUUUUAUUAUAGUACACUCUUUUAUAUUAUUCUUGUUGUUUAAAACUGGAGCUUUAGUUUCUCUCCCUUGUGUGGUAAUGACUAUAAGCAUACCUUAAUAUUUCAUAAAAAAGACUUUACAGUAAUUAAUGCUAACAGGAACACUUUAUAUGUGAUACAGUUUACCACUGAAGAUGUAAUUCAGCCACGUCUUUUCCAUUCUUCGUCGUGUAAAGCUAAAUGGUGGCUGACAGGCACAGGAACACUUUGUGUAAUUAUUAUAAAUUUUAUUAUAUUUGGACCCCAGAAUUUUAUAUACACUAGAUACUGAUAAACCAUUUCUAAUCUGAGCAUCCCUAAUGAGAGAAUAUUUGUUCUAUUUCCUAAAUGGGCAAUAAUUUAAAUCAGCACUUAUUUUAAUACAAAUAUUGACCUUUACAUUUAUUAUGUUUUGUCAUCUAAUUUGUUAAACGAAGAGAGUUAUUGUGUUGAUCCAAAAAUAGAAAUCAUGUCCUAGAUAUUGUAAAAUGUCUCAAAUGUGUUGCUUUUGUUUGUAUAUUGGUUUUGCUAGGGACAUAAAACUAUAGGCUUUUUAUAAACUGAGAAAAAUGAGAACUUUUUCAUUUAUGAGUUCCACAUAUCUAAGAAAAAUGUGACAGCUUUAAAAAUAAAUUCUUAAGUUGUACUGUAGCUGUUUUUUCUUUAGCAAACCAAGUUAAGUGAUACAAAGUUUUGUGAUAUGUACUACAAAAUAGUACGUAAAUAUUUCAUCUUCUCUUAUUUAAAAAGUAAAGGAAUAAAAUUGUAAAACAAAUAUCAUUUUAUAAUCUGUUCAUAAUAACAACUGGUCUUCAAUAUCUUUGUAAAUAAUACAUAAUUUUUUAAUAUUUAAUUUCUAUUUUGCUUGAGGGAUUUCAUACAAAUAUGCCUUGUGAUUGCUGCUGCUUCUUUAAAGGAUACAAUACUGUCUGGGGGUGAAUGUUUUGUUUUUUAAUGAAAUAAACCUGCAUUCCUGAUGAUCA